AACACUUUCUCUUCACCACCAUCAUCGAUCCGGUGUCAAGUUCACCCAUGUCGUCUUCUUGGGUGUAUGAUUCACAGACAAAGUCCUACCAACGACCUUUGGGCUCGAGUGAACUCGCCUACUAUUACCCUUCAUUACAGAAUGGUCUCGGUGAUAUGUUUCUCCACAUUGCAUUUCGCGCUCAAAAACGCCUCGUAACGACAGAAAGAGUCGUUGGCGCGUGGACUGUUUUGAGAUCUCGACAUCCCUCUCUCAUGUCGCGAGUGGUUGAAGAUGAAAACGGAAUACCGCGAUUUCGGUUCUCCCCCUACACAAAGACAGAAGAGGCCUUAGCUGAUACUAGCCAAGUAACUUAUUUCAAAAACGAUGCGAAAGAAAAACUGAUAUCGGAUUACAUGAACGGCCCAAGAACCCUCUCAUCUUCAAAACUUUCUUAUGUCAUCAUCUCCGAACGGAAUCCUAAUUCGUCUCAAACGGAAGGAGAGGAAGCGCACGCGGAAUAUGAUUUAUUGAUGUGUGCACCCCAUUAUCUGGGUGACGGCGCCUCGUUGCAUCAGUGCACUCACGAGUUACUGUGUUUGCUGUCCAACAACUCGGACACGCAACUGAAAGCACAGAUUUUGAUCGAUCCGAAUAGGGAUGUGGAUUGGCACGGAAUUCUUCCACUCGCAGCGGAAACCCGCUUGAAACCUCUGAUUUCUGACACGAGUCGAUGGGCAAAAGCGGCUUCAGAGGUUAAUAUUGCGCAAACGUUGAGGAAGGAGAUUGGUGGGCACACAUUCCCUCGUACACCACGCGGACCUCAAAACACAGUCCUCAACGAAUUCGCGUUCACGGAAGAAGAAACGUCCAGAAUCCUAGCCAAGUGCAAAAAGCACGCGGUGACGAUUAACAAUGCCAUGUUUAUCGUUUGUGCUGUUGCUUGGGCGAGGGUGCUUGGUGUCAAAGGGAAGUGGGAAGACCCGGUGAUGAUGUACACCGCUAUCAACCUUCGCCCGUUUCUUUCCCCUCCUCCUUCGAUUGGCGGUUCUCAUUCUCCGUCCUAUUGGUUUGUGGCAUUAUCCUACUACAAUAUCGUCCUCCCGUCUUUCCCUCCAGCCCCAACCCCCGAAGGAAAAGAUUCAGAACGUCACGGUGUGUUUUGGUAUAGGACGAGAAACGUGAAAGCUCAAACCCGGAAGAUCGUUGUCAAUUCGAGCUUUUUAAAAGAUCGAGCUCUUAGGAUGGCAGAUUUCAGAGCUGCGCGGGUAAUACCACGGGGGAGAGGGAAAGAAGUGGUAUUGCCUACUCUUCCUUCCCAGGCUUCCGAGGCGCAAGCGCCAUCAAAGUGUCUGCUGGGUCUAUCUCUCAUAGGAAACCUGGACUCCGUGUAUACCCGUUCAUCUUAUGCACGAGACGAGAACAACCGGCCCAAGAUAGACCUCCAGACGGUUACAACGGCCAGUCGUCAAAAACAGGGAGGAAUGUUGUUUUUGGAGCAUACGUUUGCGGGGAGGUUAAAUUUACAUCUUUGUUGGGACGAGAAUGGGUUUGAGGAUAAGGUUGUGGAGGCGUUUUGGGAUGGGGUGAGGGGGGUGGUUAGGGAAUAUCUCUUAUGA